AUGGGCACCUCCAGCAUCUUCCUGUGCAUCCUGUUCCUCUGUGGGGCACUGGGUCUCACCACGCCCCCGCCCCCUGCGCGGGGUCGGCUCCGCUGUUACACCUGCGGCUUUGCCAAACCCUGCUACCCUGUUCCCACCGAGUGUCAGGACGACGAAGCUUGUGGCAUCAGCACUGGCACCUCAGAGCAGAAUGAGAUCAUCGAACGGAAAGGCUGCCUCCCACGGGCCCAGUGCCCUCUGCAGGGCCGUGCCACCUACUGGUCGCGCUCCUAUGCUCUGCGGCACCACUGCUGUGAGCAGGACCUGUGCAACACAGCCCCCACGCUGCGGCCGCUCCCCAGCCCCCUCCUCACCGCCCUGCUCCUCCUCGGGGCCAGCUUCACCUGGGGAGGCCCCCUCCUCCGCUGGCUUCAAGCUGGUCUGCAGCCUUCAACCCAGGGCUCUGCCCCCAUCAUCACCGCCCUCCAGACACCUGCAUCUGAGAUAUGCCCAAGAACCUGA